AUAUAUAUAUAUAUUAACAAUUGAAUUGCGUGAGAACAGUUUAAAAUUGGCUUUUCAUCGAGUCGAAGACUUUUCUUCGUACAAGUUACGAGUUUUCGGUCUUUUACAUCUUAUUCUUUCACGGGAAAGAGUUGUCAAAAGCAAAGUCAUAAGUUAAUACAAACAAAAAGAUGACCACUUGGAACACACCAGGUGCAGGAUACUAUCCAGGGCAACAAGGUUUUCCUUUCCCACCACAAAAUCCUGGUUAUCCACCGCCACAGGAAGGAUAUCCACCUCCGUAUUCCGGAGGAAACGUUCCGCCACCACCAGGAUUUGUACCACCACCAGGGAUACCACCUUACGGUCACGUUCCACCUACCACUGGAACACCAUUUGGUGUAACUCCACAGCCAGGAAUGUAUGGUUCAAGUUACGCAGAAGAUCCUUUACAAGACGAUGUAAAGGGAUUUGAAUUUAGCGACAAAACAAUACGAAAUGGAUUUAUUAGAAAAGUAUAUUCCAUUUUAAUGGUUCAGCUAUUGAUUACUUUAUCAUUGAUAGCUACAUUUCUGUAUCAUAAACCAACACAGAGAUGGGCGAUGCAACAUCGAGAAAUAUUUUGGAUUUGUUUUGCCGCGACAAUAAUUUUGAUCAUUUGUAUGGCUUGUUGUACCACUGUUAGACGUAAGGCUCCGAUGAAUUUCAUCUUUCUUUUCUUAUUUACGUUAGCGGAGGGAGUCUUAUUAGCGAUGGCUGCGUCUACUUACAAAUCAGAAGAAGUAUUGAUGGCAGUCGGAAUAACAGCAGCUAUUUGUUUAGCGCUAACAAUUUUUGCGUUUCAAACGAAAUACGAUUUUACCAGCUGUCAUACCAUUUUAUUCAUAGCCGUCAUCGUCUUACUUAUAUUCGGUAUUAUUGCAAUGAUCUGGCCUAGUAAGAUCAUGCAGCUUGUUUACGCAUCGUUAGGUGCCCUUAUUUUUUCAUUCUAUUUGAUUUAUGAUACUCAAAUGAUAAUCGGAGGUAAACACAAGUAUUCGACUUCUCCUGAAGAGUACAUUUUUGCGGCAUUGAAUUUGUAUCUAGAUGUUAUUAACAUUUUCUUGGACAUUCUUACUAUCAUUGGCGCGUCUCGGGAUUAAUGUAAAGAAAAUACUUGAGCAUUCCGCUGUAUUAAACUUUUCUACUAAAUGCGGCUAGUAGGCUUUAAUUUAUCGUCACCUCGCUUUGACUCUCUAUAUACCCUUUCUUAGAGAGUACAUUCACAGGUGAGGGAAGGGAGAAGUGUAAAGCGAAUCUUUAUUGUCUAAAGAGAAUUUUACAUAUUUUCCUAUUCAUGGACAACAGAAAGAACACAAAGAUUGGUUACCAUCUGACUGAAUUUUUUUUAUGUUUUAAAGUCUUUCACUUUAGUGAAAAAUAUUUCUUAUUAUCUUGUUGUUACCUUGAAAUUAUGUGUAUUAUGUAAUUCUUUUCGAUCUUUGAUAUGAAUAUCAUCGGUAAUUAUUUUAUCCUCGUUAAUUUAGUUGUUGCGCAUUCAAUCAUUAUUAUAAUUUCAAUCAAGUUAAAGAUAAAGAUUAUUUAGAUGAGGUCAUUUCGUAUAAAACGUGCAAAUGAUUUUCAGUUUUAUUAAUUAAUUCGUUUCGAUUAGUCUUUCUUCCCCCCGCCCCCCCCCCACCCGAUUAUUUAUUCUCUUGCAAAGUGAGAAAUGUCAUCUCUCAGGGACGACUUUCAUCUCUGACAAUUCAAUUUUUACCCGUUGAAAAUUUUAAUUAGAAACUACCUCUACUUGUAUUUUCUUUUUUCCCUCCCCCGCCCCCCGAUACCAAGUUACCUUCACGGCCCGUUCCUUCGGGUACUCGUAAUAUUACUGUUAUGCACCUUAUAUAGGACUUAUAAUUGAAUGAUACAAUUGCUGAUGCUAUUAAUACUAUUACUUCUUACUUUAAUAAGGAAAAUAUUAUAUAUUAUAUGUAAGUAUUACAUGCAGUCUAGCGAUUAAUAGAAAAUUCUAGACUCUUUAUGUAUUUAUAUAGAUAUUUCUCAAUAUGUUUAAUCUUUGUUCAUGUUUGAAUAAUAAAAGUUACAGAUACAAAAUAAUUAUUAUUUUAUUUUUCAUUGUAUUUGUAUACGGUAAAGACUUCAUUCGUAUUUGUUAAGUAUUUCGUAAAAAAGCGCAUAAUUCGAUUUAUCGAAAUAUAAUAUAUGAUAUUAGUACUGAAAGGAUCAUAGAGCAAUAAUAGAAUAAUUUCGAAAUCUUGAAUAUUUAUAUUUAUAGUAAAUUGUUCUUACACAAAUAGGAUAAAAGCUUUUGGUUUAAUUUAAACUUAAAAAGGAUCCAAUUGGAACUUAAUUGUAAAGAAGCCAUAUGAUGUGCAACAUUCAUAUGAAAAAGCAUUAAUGUUUAGAUAGAUAAUAGAGAUAAAAAUGUUUAAAAUGUUAGCAUUCAUUCUCAUGCUUCUUAUGGUAACAAAUUUUUGCUUUGUAACAAACGAUAUGAUAUAACUUUGUUCGACCACUAAUGCAUAUUUUCGUAUGAAAAAAUGAAGCCUUAUCGAUAAAGCUAAUAUUUAUAGAUAUUUUAUAUUAGCUUUCUUCAUCAACGGUGGUUCAGUCUGUAUACGUGCAUUAGACACACUUACAAAUAUAUUUAUGUAUGCAUAAAAUAGCCUUUACAGUUCAUUCUCCGAAGCCUGUGGAUUAUAAUGAAAGAAUUUUACAUUGAAAAAUAAAGUUGGAUAAUUUGUAGACAA